CGUCUUCCUGAGGACUUUCAUAAACCAGCACUGAACGAGUAGGCUACAUGAAUCGGGUGGACAUUGUUUUCCUGAGGAAAUGCAGCCUGGAGACCUAAAAAAUCACCAGGGAGCAGUUUUCCAUAGUCAGGAAAAUGCAAGCAUGUCCUGCAAAAUGGAAAUCUAUGUGAAGCUUAUCUACAGGAAUACAGUAAGGCAGAAACCAAGGGCUCUUCUGCUUGUGUGUGUGUGGCUCCUGUGCUCACAGUCAGUGUCCAGCAGCAACCAAAGCUCUCGAGGCCAAACCGUUAAGCCAGGUACCUGUGAAGUGGUGGCGGCUCAUCGGUGCUGUAAUAAGAAUAAAAUCGAGGAAAGGUCUCAGACGGUCAAGUGCUCCUGUCUCGCUGGACAGGUUGCUGGAACUACCCACACCCAACCUUCAUGUGUAGAUGCAUCAAUCGUGCGGAUGAAGUGGUGGUGUCAAAUGGAGCCAUGCUUAAAUGGUGAAGAGUGUAAAGUAUUGCCUGACCUCACCGGCUGGUCCUGCAGCUCCGGGAACAAAAUCAAAACUACCAAGGUCACACGGUAAAGCAACACUUCUGUGGACAUGUGAUGACAACUCAUAAUUUCACAGGAAUGUAUUUUAAAAUCAGAUCUGCAAAUGUCAACAGAAACACUCGAGCAGAAACAUGCAAACUGUGAACUAUGACUGUGAGAAAAGUUCAGAUGAUGCAAGACAUUAAAUUAUCUUUUGAACUUAAUCAAAGAUUUAUGAAAAAAUUAUAUUUUACCCACAAAAAUAUUGAUCAGUUAUGUUUCUUGAGCAGCAAAUCACCAUAUU